AUGCCCAAGAACGUGCUGUCCAUACCGUCUAAGCGCACGCCUUCCAUCACGGCGCCGCUCACCGCCGCGAUCCGUAACUACAUCGCCAACAAUUACACCGACACCCAUCCGGACGCCUUUACCAACGACAUCCGCGACUUUGCACGUCUCCGCGACCAGAUCAGCUCAGCCGAUCUGCAUGUCUCGGCCAUCGAUACACUGCUUCAGUAUCACGCCCAGCUUGUCUUCUUUGCCACCAAGUUCCCGUCCAACAUCAACAUCUCGUUCCCCUGGUCGCUCUCCUUCCCGCCGUCGCUUCCAUCAUGGACCUCCACCGUCUCUGGCGCCAUGGAGGCAACCACCUCCGCCGAGGCUGGACCAGCUUCCGGAAUUGCAUACACAACCAGUGAUACUGUAGCGCAUCCCGAUCUCGCCUUCGAAAGGGCGAAUCUGCUCCUCGCGCUCGCGGCUCUGUACUCGGCCCUCGGCAGCGCUGAAUCCAGAUCGGAAAAGGAGAGCAUCAAGCGCGCCACUGCCUGGUUCCAAAAUGCCGCAGGCGUGCUCCAGUACAUCAUCGACAAUCUCGUCGAGCCUACCGCCCAUCUCACGCCUCCCUCUGCCGAUCUGCAUCCCCGUUUGCUCAGCUGCCUCAAGGAUCUCAUGCUGGCGCAGGCGCAGGAAUGCUUCUGGCAGAAGGCGGUCGUCGACCGGCUCAAAGAUGCGACCAUCGCCAAGCUUGCAGAGAAAGUCGCAGACUUCUACGCAUCCGCUUUGCAGGCCGUGUCCGACUCCACUGCCCAAGAUGCGAGCCACAAGAAUGCAUACACCGACACUGGCAAGCUCACGCUGCCGUCCGGAUGGGAGAAUCACCUGGCUGUCAAGCGCUGGCAUUUUGCAGCAGCUGCGCAGUAUCGCAAGGCCUGCGACGACCUCGGCGCAAAUUGCUACGGCGACGAGCUCGGUCGUCUUCAUCUCGCAGAACAACACGUCAAGAAGGCGCUCGACUCGGCCAAGCGCGGUGUCAGCGACGCCAUCACCAGCGACCUCAAGAGCUUGCAAGGCAUCCUUCAAUCCAACAUCGCACGCGCCUCGCGCGACAACGACCUUAUCUAUCUCGAGGCCGUCACGCCUGCGUCUCAGCUCGCGCCCAUCCAAGCAGCCGCCAUGGUCAAGCCCGUCACGCCCGUCGAGCUGGCGCAACCCAUCGCCCACCUGCGCGAUGCACCUCCACCAGCCUUUGGCAAGCCACUCUUCGCAGAGCUAGUGCCGUACGGCGUCCAUCUCGCCAUCAGCAUCUACGACGAUCGCAAGGACUCGCUGUUGAGAGAUGAGCUCGCCUCGCGCAGAGACGAGUUGGAUGCUUUGGCAACCAGCACGUUGCAAAGUCUCAACUUGCCGGGUUCACUGCAAGCGCUCGAACAGCCUAUGGGAUUGCCACCUUCGCUUCUCCGAAAGCACGAAGAGGUGGUGUCGCAGGGCGGUCUGGAGCGGCUCCAGCGCAUCGCCCACGACGUCGAACGUAUUGCUGCGACCGAUCGAGACACGCUCGCCGAAGCGCUUGCACUCAUCGAGCACGAGGAGCGCGAAGACGAAUCGGUCCGAGCUUCGUUCUCAUCUCAGGGCUGGGCGAGGCCACCUAGCAGCCAAGUCAACACCGAGCUCAAGAGUCAGGCUGCAGAGUACCACGAGACGCUGAUCAAGGCUGCGGCGUCGGACGACAUUGUGAGGCGAAAGCUCGACGACUGGGAGGACCUUAUCGGUGUGCUCAGCGGCAAUGUCGAUGGACUUGAGGCGUUUGUGCCUUCAUCCAACCCCAUGGCUCUGUCCGGUGGGGCCGGAGGUGGGCGUGCGUCCGAGCAGCAGGUGCAGGCGGUGCGUGCGCUGCGCGAGAGGCUCGAGCAUCUGGACGACCUGCUCGACUCGCGCUCCGCAUGUGUGACGGAAGCAAAGACGCUUGCGGCUGCCGACGACAUCCGACCCAUGGUGAUGCGCGACGCCGCGACGCUCUCGACCAGCUCUCCCGCCAGCGGAGGCGAAAUCGCGGCGGCCGACUUCGAAGAGCUCUUUGACCGCGAGCUGGCCAAGUACACGCAUUUCAAAGAGGACCUCGAUGCCUCUGAAAAGGCCCAGGUCGAGCUGUUGGAGCAGAUCAAGGAACGUAACGCGGCGUUUGUCGAGGCGCGCAGGAGCGAUGCAACCAUCCAGCGCCGCGAAAAGGCGCUGCAGAACCUCGAUGCGGCUUACAUCAAGUACCGCGAACUCUCCAGCAACUUGAUCGAGGGUCUCGAGUUCUACAAUGGGCUCGCCAAGAUCCUCAGCGCGUACAGAGAUAGCGUCAAGGAGUGGGCGAGGACGAGGCAGGUGGAUCUGCACUGGCUGAUUCACCAAAUGGGGCGUUCCAGCAUUCAAGACCAUCAGGCCCCACAGCAGCAGCAGCAGCAGCAGCAGCAGCAGCAGCAGCAGCAGCAGCAGCAGCAGC